AUGGGAUUACCAGGGAGUCUCAGGGAACUACAAGGGUGCCCCCAGGGGGCCUACCAGGGUUUCAUUGUGCUACCAAGGCCAGGGGACCCUAGGAAUGCCAGAGCCAGGGCCCCUCUGGGAGUCCCAGGUCCAUGGGCCCUUUGGAGUACCAGGGCCAAGGGCCCGCAUUGGACUACCAUGGGGCUACCAGCAGGCCCCAAGGGACCAUACCUGGGCCAGGGGCCCCAAGGACCUACCAGGAUGCCCCUCAGAGGCCAUGCUAAGGCCAGGGGAAUCAGGGGCCCCCGGGGACCCUACCAUGGCGAAGGGGACUACCAGGAUCCCAGAGGGGCUUUAUCAGAACCAGGGGCUCCAUGGGAUUACCAUGGGGCCCCCGGGUAUUAA